AACUGGUACUUUUUUUUUUUUUUUUCCCCUUCUUUUUUUCCCCCUGCUUUUGCAAAGGGGAUUUACAGCAGCAGAUUUACUCAGGAAUUAGCAACACCAACGAUCCAAGAGCUUGAUUUAUGAAGAGAGACUGGAAGAGCCAAAUAUGUGAAUUAAUUAUUACUAGAAUAAGUCCUACCAUCUUAUCCUGGCUGGCUCCUGUUGAGAGCUGUGGGGGAAUUUGCAUGAUAUAGGAGAAGUAACAGUGCCUAGAGACCCUCUGAUUCCUUGUCAUUAUCAAGACUUUCUGUGCAGAGGACUAUAUAUCAACCGGUCCUUGCCCCAAGGAUGUUGCAGCCUAAAUUAGACUCUGUACUUACAGGCAUGGAAAGAAACAAGGGGGAGUUUAGUGCAUGUAGGCAAUGGGAGGGGAACAUUUGUUGUGUGUAGGAAUCCAACAGGGGUGAGGGGUUCUUUGGUGUGCAGGACAUCCCUGCGCCUGAAUGCAUGGCUGUAUGCACACUACAAGAUUAGGAAGAAAUUCGAAAGCUGGGAAUGAGAAGUGCUCCCAGAUUGAGAGCUGUUAAGACUGGGUACAAGGUCUCCAGCUCCUCCCUGUGCCACCUUAUGGGAUGUUUAGGUCCAGUCUGGGCAGAACUCCUCAAAUACAGAUAUGAGAAAAGAUCUGCAUAAGCCUCCUCCAUUGCUGUAAACUGCAGUUCAUGAAGCUCGGACGCUUUCCUCUCUGCCCUGAUUAAGUUCAUCCACACGUUAUUUCUGAGCAAGCUGAAAACUUAACCUGGGGACCUGUUCUUCUUGCCCUUGAAGAGAAGUAGUCCUUGAAGUGACAUUUGUUGCUGGCCACACAGUCUUUCUGCCAUGGGUCAGAGCUUCCCGGGGGGAAAUGCUCUCCGUCUUCCCACUCUGGGAGAGGAUGGGCUGGGUAACCCAGCUGUUUUUCCUUGUCUAAAAGUAGAUCCACUGGAGCAAGGAGUCUGUGCACGAGAAGGCUCUCAGCAGGCAUCUUGGAUAAGCAUUUGCAGGCAGUGCAAGAAUGUUGCAGUCUGCAAACUUUUUAAUUCCUUGGGAUUUGCAUUGCCCACCUGCUCUUCAAAGGCCAAAGGCCAGGUCUUGUGUCAGAGGCAUGUGGAGAGCAGAGACUCAUGGUGGUGAGGGAUGCAGAAGUUUCACUUUUCCUUCUAUUCUUUAAAGUCCACUUGCAAAUCUUCCCUCGUCCCCAUCCUGAUGGCUCUGCAUACAGAGGGAGCAGCAAGAGGUUAGGGAGCAAGGAAACACCACUUUCCAGGGAACAGACUCAGAUGCUGUUAAAGUCAGGCAUUGCACUCUGCCUGCCAAGGAGCUGGGAACCUGGCUCCCAACACCACGGUCCUGCGCUCAGCAAGGUAACAUCUCCGGGGACUGCAGACCAGGCAUGUGCAGGGCAGCUGGCAGCCUUCAGAGGAUGAUGAUGGGGCCAUAUCUGCAUCUCAGAAGUAGGUCUUCAUAUUGGCUCCUGUUGCAUGGGUAGGCAGCAUGGAGGAAGGUCAUGAACUGGGGCUGUAGACAGCAGGUGCUUUGGGUCUCCAGAGCCAUCAUGCAGCACUUUUCACUUGCAGAGAGUCACUUUGCUGCUGGCAAUCUUCAGAGCACAGCUGGUGGCAGGGAGCAGCUCGCAACCAAAACCGGUGCCGGUGGGGCAGCCCACACCGCAGUGCCCCAGGCCCUGCACUCGCUGUCCUCCCCCAGCCCAGCCCUCCCUCAGUGGGGAACCGUGCUGGAUCCAGCCACAAAAGCAAUGGAGAGCUAGGGUGGGGUUGAGAGCAAGUGGGUUAAUCAAACAAAUCACAGCAAGAGUGGGCCAAAUCUGGGCUCAUUUAUCCUGGUGUCAGUGCGGAGCAGGUCCCCUGUCUCUGUGGCAUUUGCUGCAUUUACAACGGUGUUAAUGAAAGCCAAAGCAGUCUGCUGAAUGUAAGCAUUUUACUUAAUAAAAUCCCUUUGAGCCAAACACUUUGGCUUCACCUUCAGUAGCUGGCAGAUGUCUGCAGAUCUUAUUAUUCUGGUUACCAAGUGCAGAGCUAGUUUGGUUAGAAACUCGUGUGAAGUGGUACAUCAAACAUUGGCACUGGCCCAGCGACAGCAGAACGAGAGCACAGUGCAGAGCUCCUGCCCAGUGCCUGUGCUGGGCUGGGUCGCUUAGAACAAGAAAAGGGCCAUCUGCCUUAUGGAAAUCACCUAUUUAACACUCCAAAUAUUUAAUCUAAACAAAAAGAAAACAUUGAUUCAAUGCCUAGCUGCUCUGUGGCAAAAGGAGAGGAGUGGAGGAACAGGAUGGCUGCUCCAGAGGGGGACUUUCAAGCUGAGGUUGCAGCAGAGCGUGAAUAUGAGAUGCGAAGGUGGGAGCUGGAGGAAAGCAGAGAUGCCUCCUCCCCGCCUCGGCACCCGCGGUGUACGGCUCAGUCUGCGCCUCGACACAGCCACCCAGGGCCAGUUUGCACCUACUGGUUCCUCUCUCCCUCCUUCGCUCUCACACUCUCUCUCUGCCUUUAUUCUGCCGGUUGUCACGAUGGUACCUGCAUGGGAAGCGCACUGAAACAGCUCAGCCUCUGUCGAACUUUGUUAGGUCUGGCAAAGCGAUUUUAACUCCGAAGAAAGAUCUGCCCAGUUAAACGGUCCAGCUGAAGAAGUUAACCUGAAUGAAGGUCCCUGAGGGUCCGUUGGUGACAAGCUCUGUGUGUGACCCAGCAUUGGGACGCAGGUCUUGGCCUGUCUCCAACGACACGAGGCCAGAGAGAGUGAAUGACCCGGGAGCGCGGGGGGUGGAUCCGCCGGGCUGAUCCGCACACGAUAGUGGGGGUGAAUUAUACAACAUUCUUUUGAAAUACCUGAGCUGAGUGACAGCAGAAACCUCCUUUUCCUCCCGCCCGUGUGCUUUGCAAGCCCGGCUCAACACCAGAGGCAUGAAAAGGAGGGAAAGCCGGGUGCGCGGCGGCAGGGUAAGGCAGAGCUCAGCCGGGGGGAGAGCAUCGCGGCACGGCAGCGCCCAGCACCGCUCCCCGCGGUCCAGGUGCCCUCCUGCCUCGGGCACCACCUCCUUCAGCCGCGGAGCAGCCUUCGCGUGGUGUCGGUAGCCGGGAGGAACCCCCCUCCGAGCCAAGACCGAGAUGAACCACACCAGGCCUCGCUAUGUCAUCGAACGUCCUGCAUAUUCGGUCAGCCUCUUCGACGAAGAGUUUGAGAAGAAAAGCAGAAGUUAUCCAGUUGGGGAAAAAUUGAAGAACCUUUUCAGAUGUUCAGCUUCCAGAUUCAAACUCAUCCUCUUCAGCCUGUUCCCAAUUCUUGCAUGGCUUCCCAAGUACAAAAUUAAGGACUAUGUUUUGCCUGAUGUUCUUGGUGGCCUCAGUGCGGGGACGAUUCAGGUGCCACAAGGGAUGGCCUUCGCACUGCUGGCCAAUCUGCCUCCCGUCAAUGGGCUCUACUCCUCCUUCUUCCCCUUGAUAACAUACUUCUUCCUUGGCGGCAUCCAUCAGAUGGUCCCAGGUACUUUUGCAGUCAUCAGCAUUAUUGUUGGGAACGUCUGCAACGAGCUGGCUCCAGAGUCGGACUUCCAGUACUUUAACCAGACCACCAACGAAAUCAGUGUGAACACCACAGCUCUAGAAGCAGCUAGACUGGAGAUCUCUGCCACGCUAGCCUGCCUGACAGCCAUCAUACAACUGUGCCUGGGAUUCGUGCAGUUUGGCUUUGUUGCUAUCUACCUCUCAGAGUCUUUCAUCAGGGGCUUCAUGACAGCAGCAGGGUUGCAGAUCCUCAUCUCCGUGCUCAAGUACGUCUUCGGCUUGACAGUCUCAUCUUACACCGGGCCCUUAGCUAUCGUCUAUACAUUCAUUGACAUUUGUAAAGGUCUUCCCAAGACCAAUGUGGCCUCCCUCAUCUAUGCCUUGGUCAGCGCUGUGCUCCUGAUCAUUGUUAAGGAGCUCAACCUGAAGUACAUGAAAAAGAUCCGGAUGCCCAUCCCCAUGGAGAUCAUCAUCGUCAUUGUUGCAACUGCAAUCUCUGGCAGCUUUAACAUGCCCGACAAGUACAACAUGCCGAUAGUCGGGAAGAUCAGCAUGGGCUUCCCAGCCCCAACCCUGCCCCUGGUGAACAAGUGGAAGGACAUGAUAGGCACAGCUUUCUCACUCGCCAUCGUGGGCUACGUGAUCAACUUAGCGAUGGGGAGAACUCUGGCAGCCAAGCACGGCUACGACGUGGACCCCAACCAGGAAAUGCUGGCCCUGGGCUGCAGCAACUUCUUUGGAUCCUUCUUCAAAAUCCACGUGAUCUGCUGCGCUCUCUCCGUCACUCUCGCUGUGGAUGGGGCAGGAGGGAAAUCACAAGUGGCAAGUUUCUGUGUGGCCCUGGUGGUUAUGGUGACCAUGUUGGCUCUGGGGACCUACCUCGAACCCCUCCCAAAGUCUGUCCUGGGAGCACUCAUUGCAGUGAACCUGAAGAACUCCCUCAAGCAGCUGGCGGAUCCCUUCUACCUGUGGAAGAAGAGCAAGUUGGACUGUCUGGUGUGGCUAGUGAGCUUCCUGUCCGCUUUCUUCCUGAGCCUGCCCUACGGAGUCGCCGUGGGCGUGGGAUUUUCCGUGCUGGUAGUGGUUUUCCAUACCCAGUUCCGUAAUGGUUCUGCCCUGGGCCAAGUAACUUCCACUGACAUCUACAAGAACCCAAAGGCCUACAACAAGGUACAUGAACUUAAUGGGAUUAAAAUUGUGACCUACUGCUCCCCACUGUACUUUGCCAACUCAGAGAUAUUCCGGGAGAAGAUUAUAGCCAAGACCGGGGUGGAUCCCAGUAAAGUGUACUUAGCCAGGAAGAAAUUUGUGAAACGGCAGAAGAAGGGAACUGCACAACCACCAACAAACCUAACUAAAUUCCUACUGAGGGAGAACAAGACCUUGUCUUUGCAAGAGCUCCAGAAAGAUUUUGAAAGCACCUCUCCAACAGAUACCAAUAACAACCAGACAACUGCUAAUGGUGCCAGCAUCUCUUACGUCACAUUCUGCCCUCCUGCUAACGGUGCUGGGCCCGUGCACACCUCCAGCGAGCUGGGCAGCACCACCAGUCUCCAAGCAAGCACCUUCAGCGUCAUGCCUGCAGCAGAUGUCGACCCUAUGACAACAGCACCGCCCUAUGUCAGCUUCCACACCAUCAUCCUCGACAUGAGCGGGGUGUGCUUCGUGGAUCUCAUGGGCACAAAAGCACUGGGCAAGUUGUGUUCCAGUUAUCAGAAGAUUGGGAUUAAAGUGUUCUUGGCAAACGUGCACGCCCAGGUGUACAACGACAUCAGCACAGGUGGAGUCUUUGAGGAAGGAGGCCUGGACCGAAGUCACAUCUUCUUGACCAUCCAUGAUGCUGUGUUGUUUGCACUGGCAAAUAUCAAAGAAGUUGUCCACCCUCCCAUCUCAGAAGAGAGGUCGAAUCAGACGGAGCUCUCCAUCUAUGACGAGUCUGUGGAUGAAAACAGUGCAGAGUUCAAGAACUUGGAGGAGGAGAUGUUUGGAAGCAUGUUCCACUCAGAGGCGCAGACAGCUCUGUGAGCGCGCGGGGAGCGUCAGAGCGCUGGCAAGCCCUUCAGAUCAGAGUCCCGUCUCCCACCCCUUCACGAAGAACUGCACUCCUACCCGGGGAUGCAAUCAGUUUGCAAAGGAAGGGGCCAUCACACCUCUUGAACUGAUACCUUCUUCCCUCCUGCUUGCUCAGCUUCUGGUAUUCAGAGCAAUGAACUCUGGAGCAGGCAACAGAAAACUACAGAAGCAGGAACUCAGGAAAUGCCGUCCCAUUAAUUACAAAUGAGAAGCGAGUUCAUUUGAUGGCAGGUGCCUUAAUGACUGGAAUGAUGAGUCAUUAUUGCCAACCAAGUGCCCUCCUUUGUCUCACUCCAGAACACAAUUGCACUCUCUGACCCAUAUAGGCAUUACAUAACUUGGGCAUCUCUCCUCUUUCUUUUUUUAUUCCCUCUUUUCCUGAUGAAGUGAAAUAUGAGGAAAUACUAUGAGCCCUUCAUGAGCAUAAGUAACUCUUGCAAGGUACAAUGAUGCAGCUUUGUAAGAUAAUGUUGUUUUACCAAGUGCACUGACGUUCAGGGAGUCUGCAUGGUAAGUGCAAACCCUUGAAUUUCUCGGUUUCUGUGUAGCACCACCUCUGCCUUUUCUGUGGCCCCAUGAUUCCCCUGCACUGCUCCCUCUGUGACCCACAGUCCCAGGACCACUGCCUCAAACCAGUGCUGUAUUUCUGACACCCUGAAGAUCUUGGUACACUGUCUCAGUAGGGCUGCUUUCUGCAUUAUGGGUUCUUUUUUUGUCUGUGUGUGCUAACAGGACUAUUUUGUAAUCAGAACUAAGAAUUCCUUGUUACUGUGUUAUACGCACAGAUGGGCCUGCUUAUAGAAUUAGGGUCCAGUUCAACCCCUCUGAAGUAUUUUAGGGAUCUGUCUACUGACUGGACUAGGUUUCAGAUAAGGCUUUUAGACUGCAGAUGUCGUGAAAGCAGUAAUUCCAGAGGUGCUCUGACCCUCUGCCCAUUUUCUUUUUGACUGGAAUGACUAAAAGAUUCAGUUCAGAACAUGGACGAGUGUUUUGGGGAGAUCUGUUUUUUCCAAAUCAUUUUGAUCACAAGCAGCAAAUUGAAGGAGAGCGAAGAGAGCCCCUUCUGCACGCUUUUCAUGAUGUCAUAGAUCCAGAGCAGUAAAACUGAAAUGUAAGGGGUUUGGGGAUUUUUUUUUGUUUGUUUUUUUACCUUUCCUGAAACCAGGGAAUGGCCCCAGUGUCACCCUGUGCUACGUAGGGCUUCUGAUAAAUGGCUUUUAAAUGGUCACCUAUUCGGCAAAAGAAACCUCUUUUAUAUUGUGUGAUCUUUCCAUAACGAUUUUCUACUGUGUUUGAUGAUUUUCAUUAAAAUCCACCACAGACUGAUGCUACAAGGAUCGUCUACCUCUCAGGCAAACCAGCUUGACUCACUAACGCACACACAGACAGAUGAGAUCUUAACCAUUUCUUAAAAUCUAGCAUUCUUUUAUAUAUGAGUGAUAUUAAUAACAGCUGCUAUUUUAGUUUUCUUUUCCAGUGCCUUCCCUUCUUACCCAGUGCUAAUGCUAUGACAGUUAUGACAAGAUGACAAUAUAAAGCCUGAAAAAAAAUCAAGCAUAAGCCAAGGGUUAAAGGGUCCCUUCUUCAGUGCAUUUCAACCUCAAACAUGGGUUUUAUGAAAAUAAGGCUAUUAAAAAGGUUUGGACGAAGACAAAUACUGCUAUGUCUUCAACUGCAAUGAAAACAACUCUUUCUGUUUUAAUUUUAAAUCCUCUUACAAAGUAUUUCCAGCACUGUCAUACAAUGCAAGAGCAAACAAAACUGAACAGUAACAGAAGUAAAACUUGACAGUUUGUUUUCUUUCCAUGAGUGAAAAAAGAGUGGCCUUAAUAAUAAAAGUAAAUUAUAUUUUUAAAGGUUAUUUCUAUUUUAAUAAUCUAAGAUAUUAAAUAUAUUAACAAGCUUUAAUAUACACUUUUGAAGUAUAUAAAUAUUAUCAAGCUUAUACACAUUGCUGGAAGGCCCUUUCAGGAGAGAAAGUGGAGUUUCCCUAGAGCUCCCAGAUGUCUCAUUUUUAAGGAAAACAGAGCUUUAUGAACUAUUAUAGAUAGACAGCCAUUCCAGGCAAUAAAAUGAGGGCCCUGCCAGUUUGGUUUUGUGUAACACCUCAUUAAUUAAGUCACCACUUCUCUACCUCAGUUUCCGAUUAUGUGGUGCAAGAGAGGGUAAUUAAAUCAAUGGAAGUUAGUUUCCAAAAGGAAAACUAAACUAACUAAACUAAAUUUAGCCCACUAACUAAAGGUUAUUUUUUAUUUUGGUCUUAGUGAGACAGCAGUGAUUUUUCCAGGACUGUCCUUUGUUCCCUAAACUAAAAUCAAGAUGUUAAUUUUCUUAAAUUAUCUUUGAGGCUGAUUACUCAUGGGCUUUCACUUUACUGCCUGAGCAAUUCUUUUACUUGCCGGUUUGAAAAUAACAACAAAGAAAUUGGUGCAAUGAAACAAGCAAUUAUUUCACAGUUCCUAAUCAAUAUUUCUGUAUCUCUGAGGUGGUGUCACUUUAAAUGAGGAAAAUUCCAAUUUCCAGUGCUUCAUUCAGGGUGAAUCAUAGGAGACUUACUGCACAGUCUCAAGGGCCUGACAGACCAAAUGCAGGAAGCCUCAAAGCGACAGACCAUGUAUAAAAAUUAGAUUGUAUUUCUUGAAGUUCCUACAAGCGUAAUGGAUGGGAUGUCAAGAGAGAUGGCUUGAAAGUAGCAGCCCCAACUGUAUGCUCUGCAAUUUUGAUGACCCAGGAUGAAGGAUACUUCACUUCUGUAGCCAAGGGCUAAGCCUGGCAAUAAAUGUAACAUCAAUGGACAGAUGGUAUUGCUGGAGGCGCAGGUACCAGUGAGAAACAGAAAUUUUAGAACUAACCUUGACAAUCCCACAUCUUCAAAGGUCACAUUCACCAGUCUGGAAAAUAAAUGAAGCAAAAUAAAUCAAAGGAAAUAGCCAUGAUUUGCACUUGUCUUUCAAAGGCUCAGUGUGGCCAACUCAAAGUCUUUAUUUCCAGGUGCCUGGACAAGACAAUUAGGGAAGCUCAAACUUACGCUAGGGUAAAAAUGUUAAAUUUCCAUUACCCUUUUAUUGCUCUUAAAGUAACAGUGAUAUUGAUGUGUAACGGCUCUGAAGCCUUACUUGAUAACUGCAUGAUGCAUAACCAGCUCAAAAUGUUUGUAAUUUAUUUAAUUUAAUAUUGGUUUGGUUCUUUUUUGAUAAUAAAGAAUGUGUGAACAAUCA